AGAAGAAGAAGCGGCGCUCCAGCAAACGGGAAAAUGGUAGACUUACGGGGAAUGUUUGACUCGUCUUUGGCGCUUAGUAAAAACCGUCUACAUUAGUUUGCGUCUUACUUCGUUGUGUUUGUGGCCGAAUCGCAAUGUUUAAGAAAGCAAAAAGAUGCAAUUUUAGACGACGAAAUGAUUCUGAUGACGAAGAAAAGGAAGAGGUUCAAAAUCAGCAGCAGCAGCAGCCGCAGCCGCAGCCAUGCGGGCCUGGACUGGAAGAUCCGGACGUGUCCGGCGCCGAUGCUGCUCCUGGCCUCGGAGCCAGCGUGCUCAGCAAUCAUGGGAACGGUCUUCAGCCUGGCCUCGCCAAGCCCCCCAAAGAGAGGAAAAAGAAGAAGGAGGGCCGAGAAGAGCCCAAGGCUAGCCUGCUCAGUUUCAACGACGACGAAGAGGACUCUGAAGUUUUCAGAGUGAAGAAGUCCAACCAUAGUAAGAAGAUCGUUAAGCAGCUCAAGAAGGAAUACCGAGAGGAAAAGACCAGCUAUGUCGUGCAGGAUACGAGUUCACGUGUCGACGGAAGGCCUACCCUGUCUGGUGUGGCCGGCAAAGACGAGGUGGUGGACAGCAGAGGCAGUAGCGAGCAGGGUGAGGUUGAGAUGGAGGUGGACAGCAUCGAUGAACAGGAGGAAGACGGCGAAGCCAAGUCGAGCGGCGGAGGGGCCUUCACCCAGACGCUGUCUGCUCUCAGUUCCCUCAGGCCAGGCGAGAUUCCAGAUGCAGCUUUCAUCCAUGCUGCCCGCAAGCGCCGGCAGAUGGCUCGCGAGCUCGGUGGGGACACCCCCCUGGUGGAGACGGAGGCGCAGAACAAGCGCCUCGUCCGGGAAGACGAGCAGGGCGGCAGCGAUGACGAAGAUGAGAAGAGGAUCGUCUUCAGCGGCGUCCGGCAGAAGAGCCAGCGGCAGAAGAUAGCUGAGGAGAUCGGCAUCGAGGGCAGUGAUGAUGAGGCUUUGGAUACUGGCCAGGAUGAAGAAGUCAGUCGUUGGGAGCAGGAGCAGAUCAGGAAGGGCAUUAGCAUUCCUCAGGUCCAAACCAAUCAGCCAGAGGACGCAAACACGUACUACCAAGGUGGCUAUGAGGCCCAGCCAUAUGGCGCAUCCUAUGGUAUGCCUUAUGCAUAUGCCCCGGUGGGGGCAGACGGCGAGGGCAGGCCGGUGAAGGCCGAGAGCUCAGUGACCCACCCGGUCCCCAGCACCAGCCUUACGCCUAUCACUACGGCUCUGGUAAAGAAACGGCUCACGGACAGGCUGAGCUCUAUGCGCCAGGGCCGUGAUGCCAGCGCCCGGCGCUACGAGCAGAUCCAGCAGGAGCUGCAGGAAUCCACCAGGAGCAUCACCAGCCUGGAGGACUCCUCCCUGCAUACCGCCGAGCAGUACAAAUUCUUGCAAGAAAUGCGAGGGUAUGUCCGAGACUUGCUUGAGUGUUUCAGUGAAAAGGUGUCGGCGGUUCUGGAGCUGGAGGCUGCCAUGCACCAGUUACUAAGGCAACGGGCGGUGCGGCGCGUCCAGAGAAGACAGGAUGAUAUUAAAGAUGAAUCGGCGGAGUUUUCAAGCCUUUCAAGUAAAGCUGUCAUGGCCCCUAAUCUGGACCCCUUCGGCCGAGAUCGCGCGGCCUAUCAGGAGCUUAGCAGGCAGAGGAGGGUAGCAGAACGAGAAGCCCGCAGGGCCCGCCGCAGACAGGCUCGAGAGCAGAGUGGGAAGAGAGUGGAGCACAAGGAGGGACUGUCCAGCGAUGACGAGGAAACCUCCACAGAUAUAACUAGCUUCAACCUAGAGAGAGAUCGCAUUUUAAAAGAAUCGAAAAAGGUGUUUGAAGACGUUGUGGAGGAUUUCCAUUCCUUAGACUGCAUCAAGUCGCGGUUUGAGGUGUGGAGGAAGCUUUACUUUACGUGUUACCGAGACGCUUACAUUGGCCUUUGCCUGCCCAAACUCUUCAAUCCUCUGAUCCGGCUGCAACUCAUCCCCUGGUCCCCUCUGGAGGAGGACUGCCCAAACUUUGAGUACAUGCUGUGGUUCGAGUCACUGCUAUUCUACGGUUACGAGGAGGAGAGCAGUGAGCACCCCGAGGACAUAGACGCUGGCCUGCUGCCCGCCAUCGUCGAGCGGGUGAUCCUCCCCAAGCUCGCAGUGCUGGCGGAACAAGUGUGGGACCCCCUGUCGCAGAGCGAUACGAACAGGCUGGUGGCCUUCAUGCGUCGUCUCAUAAAGGGCUACCCCACCGUGCUGCAUGGGGAAAACCGCAACAUGCAGGAACUGCUGAGGACCGUCGUCAUGCGCACACGCCGCACGCUGGAUGACGACGUGUUCAUGCCGCUGUUUCCAAAAAACAUCAUGGAAAACAAGAACUCUGGCCCAUAUCUGUUUUCCCAGAGGCAGUUCUGGUCUUGUGUGAAGUUGUUGGGGAACAUCCUGCAGUGGGAUGGCAUCCUGUCUCAGGGUGCUCUGAAGGAGCUCGCCGUUGACAGUACGCUGAAUCGCUACAUCCUGUCCGUGCUCCAGACGGCUGAUGUCGGAGAGGACAGCGUGGAGAAGUGCCGAAGGGUGGUGGAGUGCUUCCCUGUGCACUGGUUCAGCAGUCUCAAGGGUCAGCAGACCUUGCCGCAGCUGGAAAAUCUUUGUCGAUUCAUGAAGCACUUGGCUGCCUCCCUGUACCGCAGCAGUCUGGCAGCUUCUGACAUCGACAAAAGGAAUGCCAGGGAACACAUCAAGGAGGUGGUGAAACUCCUGGGCCGCCUUAACGCUCUUGAUCACGUGAUUGACGUUGCAUCAGAGCAUGGAAUUAAAGACAUUAAAACGCUCCUGGAGAGUAAAUGAGAGACGACAUCUGGGCAGCCAGGACUCGGAAGCGCAUCUCUAACUCUGUCUGGUGCACUCUGUAUAUAUUGUGGAUAUUGUACAUGUUGAUCAGCUAGUUUUCUUUCUUUCUUUUUUUUAUACUCCCCUUCUGAGGUGCCCUGGUUUUCAAAUUUAUGUACAGAUGUAAAAUCUCCAUUGGGUUGCGAUUAUGGUGGUGUUGGACUGUAACCGGCAAUGGAUUGUUUACAGUGGAUUGCCAAACUGGGAGCUGCACAAAUUCUGGAGGGAAAUUGCAUAGAUCUUAAUCUGAGAAACCGCGCACAAGAGGGCACGUUUGGAGUGAUUUGUACUAAGAUCUCAGCAGGGUACCAUUCCAGAAGGCUGGUUCACUGUGAAGAAACUCAUUCUGAUUUGAUGGUGGGUUCCAAUGGUGUCUUUAAGAGAUCUUUUAAAAGCUUUGUUCGAAAUGCAUUUGUUCACCGCAGAGCUCAUUUUGUCUGCAGCUCUGGCGCAUUUCCUUCCCUCCUUGCAGCGCCGUUGUGGAGAUUUCUUCCAUUUAAAUGACACACAGUUUAAUAUUUUAGUGGUCAGUGACUGCAACAGCUUUUUAAACAUCAUUGAAGUGUAGACUCCAUCUGUCGAAGUAUAAAUUGUCCCUGCCUGUCUGCAGAAAUAGCACUUGCUUCUAUUACUUGUCAUACGUCUUAAACGGACAUGACUGCCUGUUUACAAUAACAGGUGUGCGUUUUUAUUUGACGUUUUGACCCACAUUGUGUUUUAUUAACCUGAAUAAAAGUGUCACAGUGGAAGCUUCAGCUGAAUCCAAACACAUUGCAUUUAGUGGAAUUGUUUGUGUGAUUGUUUUAAAUUUGGUUGUGGUAACAUUCAAAAAAGUUUUUUUACAUUUUUUUAAAUUUACAGUUACAAAACACUCCUGUUCUUUAGAAGGACUUUUUCAUUUCUGUAUUAUCUUCCAAUGCCUCCUGAUCUAUGAUUAGAUGUGUCCGUUGAAAUUAAAACAAAAACCUUA